AUGGGUCCGCCGACGCCGAAGUGCCCGAAUUCACCCUCAGCUGCCACAAUCCUCGCUGGAACCGAGGAUGUUUUGAUCGAAAUCCUCCUUUACCUGCCUAUCAAAACACUAAUCAGAUUCAAGACCGUCUCCAAAAGCUGGUUCUCCCUUAUUUCCAGCUCCCAUUUGUCCCAUCUCCAUGCCCUCCGCCACCGCCCCACUACUGCCGCCUCCGCCCUCUGCCUCCGCAAAUCACCUUCGCAACUCUACCUCUUACCCCUUUUCACUAGACGUCCAAAAAUCCAAACUUUUAAAUUUAAUUUCACCCCCCCUGAUGCUUAUAAUCGCGCGCCCACGGCCCCUGCCGCCGGCGCUGCCACUGCCACCGCCACCACUUAUAGGACCAGGAUUUUACAAUCUUGCAAUGGACUAUUACUUUUACAAGUAUCAUACAAUGCCCGAAAUGCCCCCAAAGAUUACUACAUUUACAAUCCCACCACCCGUCGAUCCAGAAUUCUUCAGCUCACUUAUCUCUUCCACAGCAAUAUAGUUAGUCAGAGUCAAAGUCAACAAUUGGGGCUGUAUUUAGCCUAUGAUCCUUCAAAAUCAGUUGAUUAUAAGGUGAUAUGUGUGAGUUUCACAGCUUAUUCGGUGUAUACUUAUCAAGUUUUUGUUUAUGAUUCAAAAUUUCAAUCUUGGAAGGUUGCUAAUGGGGGAAAAGAGUUUGUGGUGCCUUAUGAUGUAAAAUUCUGUGAUGGGGUCUAUUGGAAUGGCAAAAUUCACUGGAUUAGGCCAAAGGGCGAAUCUUAUUAUUUUGACAUUGAUAAGGAUUGUGUUGUCCAGUCCAUACAAAUUCCUCUGGUGGAGAGAUGGCGGGGUGAUAGAGUUAGUGAUACUUACUAUUUUGGAAAUUCUAACGGCCACUUGCAUUUUGUGACAAUGUACUUGAGGCAAGCAUCUGAAUCUGAAUUAAGGGUCUUCGAAAUGCAGGAUGAUUGCUCGAAUUGGUUGUUGAGGUAUCGGAUGGAUUUUGUUGAUAUCUUGUGUUAUUUUCCUGAGGUUAGGAGAAGGGAGAUUGAUUUUAGAGAUGGGGAUACAGUUGAUUACGCAUUUUGUGUGCUUGGUAUGGUUAGGGAAGAGAAUGGUGAGGGAUUUUUGGUGUUUCAUGUUCCCGGAAAGGUUGUCGCUUACAAGUUCAAGGAUAAGAGCUUUGUGGAGCUAGCUGAUUUGAGAGCACUUCAUUUUUCUAGGAAGGGUUUGCUGAAGUUUGGAUGUCAUGAUGCUUAUGAGUUUAUUGAGAGUCUUGCUCCUGUUUGA